AUGGAACCACAACAUUAUCAACAGCAGCAGCAGCAGCAGCAGUUGCUGCAGGAGGAUGGCAACAUCGGCAGCUGUUCGAGUGGGGGUGGAGGGAGCAAAGCCAGCUUUCUCUGCCGGCAGUCCAGUACGAGGUGGAUCCCUACAAGCGAUCAGAUCAGGAUACUGAGGGACCUCUACUACAACAAUGGCCUACGGUCCCCGAACGCGGAGCAGAUCCAGAGGAUCUCAGCCAGGCUCCGGCAGUACGGCAAGAUCGAAGGGAAGAACGUCUUUUACUGGUUCCAGAACCACAAGGCCCGGGAGAGACAGAAGAAGAGGCUCACCGUGGACAUCACCGCAACCACCAGCAGCAGCAACAAGAGUUCCGCUGUCGUCUCCCCUGGGAUUCCUACCACUAGUCGUUCAUCUGGGUCGUAUGCUGUUGGACUGAGCGGGAACGAUGCUUAUGAUGCUGCUGCGGCCGCCGAAACAAGCUUCAGAGAGUAUUGCAUGUCUGGAAGCAUGAGCAGCGUGGGAACCACGCCAUGGAGGCAUCACUGCCUCUCGGAUCGGGUGGCAAAUACCAUGUCUCGAGAGAUCGAAACCCUUCAACUGUUUCCCAUCAACACAGUGAAAGAAGAACACGAAGCUGAACACUACUACCACUCGCUGCCUCACUCGAACACCAAAGACUGCGGCGACUUCGACGACAGCAAGAACCAGUACGUACCGAGCUUCUACCAUUACAGCGAAGGGCGGCUGGCAGAGGAGCAGCACCAGCUCUACAGCCUCAACAGCGGUAACGCCGCAACUUGCGACUCUUUGGAGCUCACCCUCAACUCCUACUACUACGCUCCUCCGGAUUCCAUGUGA